AUGAUUUGUUCUCUUUUUCUUUUACUCUUUUUUUUUUUUCCUCUUGAAAGUACUCCACUUUUUUUUGAAUCAAUCAUGAGUUCGGAAUUAUCUGAAGGGGAAUUAUCUCAUACUUCUUCUUCAUCUUCAUUUGUGCCAGUGGAUCAACGUCAAUUACAAGAUGCUAUCCAGAUUAUAAACGAGGAAAAGCGAUUCAACCAGAGUGUUCUUGAAUAUAUCAAUAAAACCGCACCUGCGGAUGUAGGAAACAACUACCACAUCAUUUCAGUUUUUGGAUCCCAAUCAACUGGUAAGUCUACCUUGUUGAAUAAAUUGUUCAAUACAAAUUUUGACGUUAUGGAUGAACUGAAUCGACAACAAACAACAAAAGGUAUUUGGUUAGCAUUUUCGCCCGUUGUGUCUACCACAUCAGGUCACACCAGUAGCAAAUCCAACAUCCUUGUUAUGGAUGUAGAAGGUACUGAUGGUAGAGAAAGAGGUGAAGACCAGGAUUUUGAACGUAAAGCUGCGUUGUUUGCCUUGUCUACAUCUGAAAUUUUGAUUAUCAAUAUUUGGGAAACCCAAGUUGGUUUAUACCAGGGGGCAAACAUGGGAUUGUUGAAGACGGUUUUUGAAGUCAACUUGUCAUUGUUUGGUAAGAGUAAAUUGGAAAAGCAUGAUGAUCACAAGGUUUUGUUAUUGAUUGUUAUCAGGGAUUAUGUUGGUGUGACCCCAGUUGAAAGUUUGGCUAAAACAUUUACUCAAGAUUUGAUAAACAUGUGGGCCAGCCUUGCCAAGCCUGCAGAAUUGGAACACUUGCAGUUUGCUGAUUUCUUUGAUGUUGAUUUCCAUGCACUCAAUCAUAAAGUUCUUCAACCAAAAGAGUUUUCUGAAGGUAUUAAUAAACUUGGUGACCGAUUGGUUGUUGGUGAUGAAUUGUUCAAACCAGAGUACCACCAUCAAGUUCCAAUUGAUGGAUGGGUCAUGUAUGCUGGCAACUGUUGGGAACAAAUAGAAACCAACAAGGAUUUGGACUUGCCAACACAACAGAUUCUUGUUGCCCAGUUUAAGUGUGACGAAAUUGUCGAAAAUGUCUUUCAAGAGUUUUUAAAGAAGUUUGAACAAUUGUUUGGGGAACCACAAGCUGAGCCUGAUUAUGAACAAAUAGGUGCAUUAUUCAGCGACUUGCGUAAUGACACCCUUGAAGAUUAUGAUAUUUCUGCUUCGAAAUACAACAAGUCGGUUUACGAACAAAAGAGAGUCAAAUUGAUUUCUUUGGUUAACGAGAAGUUUAAGGAAGUGUUUGAUUUCUAUGCCAAAGAGUUGAGCUCUACUAUGUUGAAGAAAUUCCACAGUGAUGUGGUUGCUUUAAAGGGUAAGAAUUUUGCUGCGAGUGUUAAAGAAUUGUCUACCGGGUUAAUUGCGCUGAUUGUUACUACUCUCGGUUUGAUUUCAUUACAAGGUGAUCUCUCUUCGAAUGAAGUCACCACUGCCUUGAGUAAAGAUAUUGCUGAUAUUGUGUCUAAACAACAGGUUAUUGAAUUGAAUUCCAUUGUCAACAGGGCCGUCAAAAAGUUGACGAAUAGCUUGUCUAAAUCUAUUCAAUUCGAGUUGGGGGAUCCGAACGAAAAUACUUGGGACACUGUACUUCAACAGUUUAACCUGUUGUCUCAAGAGGUGUUGACCAAAUAUGAUGGUGAUUUUGGUUUGGGAACUACUGAUGAGCAAAACAAGCAAGCACUCGAUAGGUUUCAGUUUAAAUCAUGGACUCUGUUCUAUGAGUCUAUGCAUAAAUUGAUUUCCAAGGAAAAGUUAUUGGUAUUGUUACAGGAUAGAUUUGAUGAUGUUUUUAGAUAUGACGAGAAUGGAUUGCCAAAAUUGUACUUGAAUGAAGCCGAUUUAGAAAAGACCUUCACUGAAUCCAAACAACACGCAUUGAAGGUGUUGCCAAUUUUAACCAUUGCCAAGUUGAGUGACGGGUCUGAGAUUGUUCCGGAAAUUGAUAUUUUUGACCACAAGUUGAGAGAAAAAUAUUUGGGUGUUGCUGAUGAAGACAGCGAUGAUGAAGAUGACGAUGAACACUGUUUUGCGGAGAUUGUUACUGAACAAGAGAAACUGGAGGUUUUGGCGAAAUUUAAAAAAGAGGUCGAUGCCAAGUAUAUUGAAACCAAGCGAUCUAUUGUGCAACACAUCACCCAGAUCCCUUAUUAUAUCUACUUGGUUAUAGUUUUCCUUGGGUGGAACGAGUUUAUGGCAAUAAUCAGAAACCCAUUAUUGUUUUCAUUGGCAUUGUUGCUUGGUGCCAGUGUCUAUAUCUUGUACAAGUUAAAUUUGUUGAAACCAGCAAUAGUUGUUGCCCAACGAACUUUUGACGAAACUGUUGCAAUGGGGAAGGAAAAAUUAAGAGAAAUCUUAAUUGAUGAUCAUGAAACCCAAGGACGUAAUUUGGGUAAGAUUGCCGGAAAAAACCCACUGGCGCCCGCAGAAGAAUAUCUGGAUAACAUUGAAUUGGACGAUAUGUAA